UCUUUCGUAGGGCCUUGGGUUUCCUCCUUUGCAGUAGUUUUUGUAGCUCUGCUUCUACAGAUCAUGAAGGAAACAGGUGGAUUUUCUUUCCUUUGUGUAUUAAGUUAAAAUAAAAUUUAGGGCUUCUCUAAAACUAUUCUCUGGCAAGUUUGAUAACUGUGUGUUUCUUUGAGAGUCACCCUGUCCCUCAGGUUUAGUGAUCCAUUCACCAACCAAUAACAGAUUUGGGGGGAAAAUUAAGGAAUCAAGCAGACACUGACUAGAGAAAAAAAUACCUAGGGGAUGACAUAAUCUGUUAGAGUUUGUUUAAUCCUGGCAGUGGUAAAUCAUUUUGGAUUUGCUUGGAUUCAUGCAGCAAAAAACCAAGUUAUACAAAGUUAAUGAUUAAUUACUAAGUAAAUUAGCAGAAGUUAUAGCCAAGUCUCAUAUGAAUCAGAAGUUUUCUAAAGAACGGAGGUGCUGAGCCAUGCUUUUUUUUUUUAAAAGGGCUGAGUGAUUGGUUUUUUGCUAAUGCUUAUGAUCAUCGAGUGAUGAUAUUCUCUGAGAAAUUGAGGGAGUGUGGUGUGAGUGUACCCUCUUUUUGGCUCUGGAGUGUGGUGUGAGUGUACCCUCUUUUUGGCUCUGCAACCAACCAGGAAUUUCAAGGUAUUAAUGUGUAGAGCCUGCCAGGCAGACUUGUCACUACAUACUAACUUUUCUUUCCACUCCUCCCCCAAUGUCCCCAGCAUUUUGGAAACCUGUUGGGGUAAAACUCAGCCCUUGCCAGCAUCCAGCCAUGGGGGAUAUGAAAACUCCAGAUUUUGAUGACCUUCUGGCUGCCUUUGACAUCCCAGACCCCACCAGCCUUGAUGCCAAGGAGGCCAUCCAGACCCCCAGUGAGGAGAAUGAGAGUCCCCUCAAACCUCCAGGCAUGUGUAUGGAUGAGAAUGUGUCCUUGUCUCACUCAGGAUCAGCCUCAGAUGUGCCAGCCGUGAGUGUCAUCGUCAAGAACACCAGCCGCCAGGAGUCAUUUGAAGCGGAGAAAGACCACGUCGCUCCCAGCCUCCUACACAAUGGAUUCCGGGGCUCGGACCUGCCUCCGGAUCCCCACAACCUAGGCCACAACUGUGGGAAGUUUGAUUCCACUUUCAUGAAUGGAGAUAGUACCAGGAGUUUCCCCGGCAAGCUGGAACCUUCCAAGUCAGAGCCCUUACCAACCUUUAACCAGUUCAGUCCAAUCUCCAGCCCCGAACCCGAGGAUGCCAUCAAAGAUAAUGGGUUUGGGAUAAAGCCCAAGCACGCUGACAGUUACUUCCCACCCCCUCCUGGGUGUGAGUCUGUGGGGGGCCCGGUCCUGGAGGCUCUGACUAAGUUUCCAGUCCCAGAGCUGCAUAUGUUUGAUCACUUUUGUAAGAAAGAGCCCAAGCCAGAACCCCUGCCCCUGGGGAGUCAGCAGGAGCACGAGCAAGGUGGGCAGAAGGCAGUGGAACCUCACAAGGAGCUGGAUACCAGUCGAUUCUUUGGGGAAGCUUUGGAGUUCAACAGCCACCCCGGCCACAGUAUCGGAGAGCCUAAGGGGCUUGCCUCGGAGCUAGGUACCUGCUCGUCAGUGCCCCCUAGGCAGCGUCUUAAGCCAGCUCAUUCCAAGCUGUCCUCUUGUGUUGCAGCCUUGGUGGCCCUGCAGGCUAAACGAGUGGCCAGUGUCACCAAGGAGGAUCAGCCUACCCACACAAAGGAUCCCUCAGGGCCCACAAAAGAGGGCUCCAAAGGCAGCCCCAAAAUGCCCAAGUCACCAAAGAGUCCCCGGAGCCCUCUGGAGGCCACUAGAAAAAGUAUCAAGCCAUCAGACAGCCCUCGGAGCAUCUGCAGUGACAGCAGCAGCAAAGGCUCCCCUUCUGUGGCUGCCAGCUCCCCACCAGCAAUUCCCAAAGUCAGAAUCAAAACCAUUAAGACAUCAUCAGGGGAAAUCAAACGGACUGUCACAAGGAUCCUACCAGACCCUGACGAUCCCAGUAAGUCCCCUGCUGGGUCACCUCUAGGAAGCGCCAUUGCUGAGGCCCCGAGCGAGGUGCAGGAGGAUGAGGUCACUGCCCUGUCUGGGGCGGAGCACUUUCUUGAGGUGGGCACAAAUUCAGGGAGCCCUCAGGGUGACAGGAAGGGGGAUGAGAGCAUGACAAAAGCCAGUGAAUCUUCAACUUCCUGCUGCAGCUCUGGGUCCCGGGGCCCAAAGGGGGCUGCCUCGGGCUCACAGAUGGGCAAGAAGCAGCAGCAGAGCACAGCACUGCAGGCAUCCACCCUGGCCCCUGCCAACCUCCUGCCCAAAGCCGUGCACCUGGCCAACCUGAAUCUGGUCCCCCACAGUGUGGCCGCGUCCGUGACGGCCAAGUCCUCAGCACAGAGGCGGAGCCAGCCACAGCUCACGCAGAUGUCGGUGCCCCUGGUCCACCAGGUGAAAAAGGCCGCCCCACUGGUUGUGGAGGUCUUCAACAAGGUCCUCCACAGCUCCAACCCCGUGCCCCUCUACGCGCCAAAUCUCAGCCCGCCUGCGGACAGCAGGAUCCACGUGCCGGCCAGUGGGUACUGCUGCCUGGAGUGUGGGGAUGCGUUUGCCUUAGAGAAGAGCCUGAGCCAGCACUACGGCCGGCGGAGCGUCCACAUCGAGGUGCUGUGCACACUGUGCUCCCAGACGCUGCUCUUCUUCAACAAGUGCAGCCUGCUCCGGCAUGCCCGUGACCACAAGAGCAAGGGUCUCGUCAUGCAGUGCUCUCAGCUGCUUGUGAAGCCCAUCUCUGCGGACCAAAUGUUCGUGUCGGCCCCCACGAACUCCACGGCAUCAGCAACCCCGGCUCCCCCCUCCUCCCCCAAACACGGCCUCACUUCAAGCAGUGCCAGCCCCCCACUCCCAGCUUUGCCGCUCUACCCAGACCCUGUGAGGCUCAUCCGGCACAGUAUCAAGUGUCUCGAAUGUCACAAGCAGAUGCGAGACUACAUGGCUAUGGCUGCACAUUUCCAGAGGAUGACGGAGGAAACCGAGGGGCUGACUUGCCAGGUGUGCCAGAUGCUGCUGCCCAACCAGUGCAGUUUCUGUGCCCACCAGCGGAUCCACGCCCACAAGUCCCCCUACUGUUGUCCGGAGUGUGGAGCCCUCUGUCGCUCUGCCUACUUCCAGACGCAUGUAAAGGAGAAUUGCCUGCACUAUGCCCGCAAGGUGGGCUACAGGUGCAUCCACUGUGGGGUAGUCCACUUGACCUUGGCCUUGCUGAAAAGCCACAUCCAGGAGCGACACUGCCAGGUUUUCCACAAAUGUGCAUUCUGCCCCAUGGCCUUCAAGACUGCCAGUAGCACCGCGGACCACAGCGCCACCCAGCAUCCCACCCAGCCCCACAGACCCUCCCAGCUCAUUUAUAAGUGCUCCUGUGAAAUGGUCUUCAACAAGAAGAGGCACAUUCAGCAGCAUUUUUACCAGAAUGCCAGUAAGGCGCAGGUGGGCGUCUUCAAGUGCCCUGAGUGCCCGCUCUUGUUCCUGCAGAAGCCAGAGUUGAUGCAACAUGUCAAGAGCACCCACGGUGUUCCCCGAAACGUGGACGAGCUGUCAAGCCUCCAGUCUUCAGCAGACACAUCUUCAAGCCGCCCUGGCUCUCGAGUUCCCACUGAACCCCCAGCCACUAAUGUGGCUGCUCGGGGCAGCUCCCUGCCCUCUAGUCGCUGGGGCAGGCCAGAAGCCCAUCGCAGGGGUGAGGCCAGGCCCCGGCUGAGGAACACUGGCUGGACCUGCCAGGAGUGCCAGGAGUGGGUUCCUGAUCGGGAGAGCUAUGUGUCCCACAUGAAAAAGAGCCAUGGUCGGACGUUGAAGCGGUACCCAUGUCGGCAGUGUGAACAGUCCUUCCAUACCCCCAACAGCCUGCGCAAACACAUCCGCAACAACCACGACACAGUAAAGAAAGUCUACACUUGUGGGUAUUGCACAGAGGACAGCCCCAGCUUUCCUCGGCCCUCCCUCCUGGAGAGCCACAUCAGCCUUAUGCAUGGUAUCAGAAACCCUGAUUUGAGCCAGACGUCCAAAGUCAGACCUUCGGGCGGACAUUCCCCUCAGGUGAACCAUCUGAAAAGACCAGUCAGCAGAGCAGGGGAUGCUCCAGACACCAGCAAUGGCGCGACUGUCUCUUCCACCAAAAGGCACAAGUCCCUUUUCCAGUGUGCGAAAUGUAGCUUUGCCACAGACUCAGGGCUCGAGUUUCAGAGCCACAUACCUCAGCACCAGAAGGACAGCUCCACAGCCCAGUGUCUCCUCUGUGGCUUGUGCUACACCUCUGCCAGCUCCCUCAGCCGCCACCUCUUCAUCGUCCACAAGGUGAGAGACCAGGAGGAGGAAGAGGCAGAGGCGGCAGAGCCAGAGGAGGGCUCUGGGGAGGAGGUGUCCGUGGAGACCAGGGAGAACGGACUGGAAGAGUGUGCGGAGGAGCCUCUGUUGGGUGACUCAGAGGCCAGGAGGUCACUGGGCCUGGCCCCUGACGAGGAUGGUGCCCAAGAUGCUCAGAGUCAACCACAGGCCUCUCAGGACCGGGACAGCCACACACCAUCCCCACAGGUGUGACUGGAAGCUUUGCAGUGCGCAGUCGGGUGGUGCCGUGGUGUCCUCCGCCUGCCACGCGGACAGUGGGAAAGAGAAGGCUCCACCCCGGUGUGAGUGUGGCUGGCUGGGCCCUGGAGCAGUGUCUGCCCUGAGCUGCUGGGGGCUGGGUGUCCCCCAGCCCCAGGAGAUGGCGGGGUCAUCCAGGACCCUCACAGCUCUGAAUUUGCUUCUGUUAUUUAUGGCUUUGUGCUGCUUCCUGGUACCCCAACUUUUGUCUGCGUCCUUCCAGCCCCAGGCUGCUUAAGUGGCCCAACCCCGAUGCUGUCACCUCAGCUAGAAACCCCUCAGCAGCUGUGCUCUUCUGGGAGGCUCCCCGCUCGCUGCCUUCAGCCAGGGGCUCCUGACAGCAGCUCUCUUUCUUGCCACUGGAGCCUGAGAAGGGGGAUGAGGGUGCUGGUGCAGUCCCUCUCAGAGAGCUCGCCCAGCCUGGCUUGCAGAGGGCCCUUGGUCACCAUGCCGUUCCUUUCUGUCUUCUCUGAUUCGUUCCCCAAAAAAGAGUCCUGGAGAAUUAAUUGUCACACUGGCCCAUCCUGUCUGUGUGGGGGGAGAAACUUCUGCAGCACACCUCUGUCUGGAACCCGGGAGAGCAGGAAACGCAGCCAAGUCAGGCAGGCACCGAGAGGCAGACCCCCUUCAGAAGGAGCUGUGCGUCCUUGUUCUGCUGCUGUUCUGCCUUUCCUGACGAGCGGGGUUUGGGGCACAGAGACACUGGGAUAUUUGUACUCUUGCUCCUGUGCCAUUAGAGAGGCUGCUGCCCCAGGCAGGCCAGCCCCUCCUCCUCUCGGCUGCACCCGUGUUGCUCAGACUAUAUUUCAAAUAAAAAAAUCUUCUUACCAUG